UGAAGCCGCCGAGUCCCGCCUCCGCCUGCGUCCGCCAGUAGUCUAGUCGCUGCUCUUUUCCAGGAGGUUAAGUCCUAACAGGAGGAAUCUAAGAAAGAGUACCAGAUGGCUGUCCUUCCCAGCGCCCGAAGCCCCGCCAUGCUUGUCCUCCGAAGCGGCCUGACUAGGGCUCUGGCUGCGCGGACGCUCGCGCCUCAGGUGUGCUCAUCUUUUGCUACGGGCCCAAGACAAUACGAUGGAACAUUCUAUGAAUUUCGUACUUAUUGCCUUAAGCCCUCAAAGAUGAAUGAGUUUCUGGAAAAUAUUAAGAAAAACAUACAUCUUCGGACAGCUCACUCUGAAUUGGUUGGCUUCUGGAGUGUAGAAUUUGGAGGCCAAGUGAAUAAAGUGUUUCAUAUUUGGAAGUAUGAUAAUUUUGCCCAUCGAACUGAAGUUCGGAAAGCUGUGGCCAAGGAUAAGGAAUGGCAACAAUCUCUCACUCCAAAUCUGGGUCUUAUAGAUAAACAAGAGAUGGAGAUUACUUACCUGGUGCCCUGGUGCAAAUUAGAAAAGCCUGCAAAAGAAGGAGUCUAUGAACUGGUUAGUUUUCAGAUGAAGCCCGGCGGGCCAGCUCUAUGGGGUGACGCAUUUAAAAGGGCAAUUAAUGCCCAUGUGGAUCUAGGCUACUCAAAACUAAUUGGCGUUUUCCACACAGAAUAUGGAGAACUCAACAGAGUUCACGUUCUUUGGUGGAACGAGAGUGCAGACAGUCGUGCAGCUGGGCGACAUCAGUCUCAUGAGGAUCCCAGGGUUGUGGCAGCUGUUCGGGAGAGUGUCAAUUACCUCGUGUCUCAGCAGAAUAUGCUUCUGAUUCCUACAUCAUUUUCACCUUUGAAAUAGUUUUCCAUUGAAAUACGAAGCGUCGCAUUAACUGCUGUAAGAUGUGUCUGCUAAUGGUGCUUAAAUUCUCCUAAGAGAUUCUCACUUGUAUUUGAAGAAGGUGGUAAGUUAAUCUUUUAUGUCUCUGCACUUCUAAAGCCAGCUCUGUGCUUCCUUCCUGUUCCUCUCCACCCCAGGAAGUAGUUCUGUUCAUUUUCCCCUUGGCAUUUCAGUGUCUGUUACACCUUAGAAACAGUUGCUACUACUUGAUGAUCUUGAUUUUUCACUGGUUUCAGAAUAUCUCUUAUAUUCUGUUUUGACAACCCUUUGCUUUUAUAGUUUAUAUUCAAAUGAUUUUACAUUUUGUACCUGAUAUUUUAAAAUUUAUAUAUAAUGUCUAUUCAUGUCAAUUUUUUCUGAGUUUUUUUCUUUUUUUUUUUGCUCAGUAGGUUUAUUUUGUGAUCAAAUGGGAGUCUUUAGAAUCUAAGAUCAACGAGCCCCACAUUGGGCUCUCUGCUUGGCGGGGAGCCUGCUUCCUCCUCUCUCUCUCUGCCUGCCUCUCUGCCUACUUGUGAUCUCUCUCUCUUUGUCGAAUAAAUAAAUAGAUGUCUUUAAAAAAAAAAAUCUAAGAUCAAAUAUAUUUCUUUACCUUGGCAAAGUACAGUAUCACCUGUGUCAUCUGUAUUAAUUAUGGUUUUCACAUUAAUUAUGAGUCACUCUAACUUGGAAAAUACUGUAAUUAGGUCUCUGUUAAAGACUUUGGAAGACUUGUUUUAUAUACUGAAAUGUGUUCAUUUAACAGUUAAUUUUUUGUUCAUUUUGGAUUACUAACAAAGAUACUUGGGACACCUAUUUGUUUCAAAAAUAUCUAUGGUUAUGAGAAUGGUUGCCUGAAUAAAAGCCUACAUACCCAUUCUGCA